AUGACACAAUCAAAGGAACCAGCAGGUGUUAUACCACUUCCUUUUCGUCCAGAAAUGCCAUUGACAUUAUCUUCAUUAUUCUCUCACCAAGACUAUGAUAAAGUUCGUCACAUCUAA